UUAUAAAUUACAAAUUUUAGUAUAUGUGGAAAUAGGUUUCUAAUUUCAAUAAAGUAAUACUAUUACUGGUAAAAUAUCAAUACACGUUUUCUAUAUAGUGUGAAUAUUAUCUAACACAUAGUAGUAAUUAAAGAAUAUCAGUGCUGCAGUCUAAAUUGAAGUACAGACAUGCCUGAACCUAAUACUACUACUGAAAAUGAGGGACCUGAAUCAGAAACUAACUUAUAUAAGGAUCAAUGGAUGAUAAGACCAUGUAGCUUCUAUAAAAGCGAAUACAAUGAUUGUUCAUGCAUGCAAGCACGUUUUCAUCAAUAUUUUGUAUAUGGAGAAUAUCUAGAUUGCACGCAAUGGAAGAUCGAUUAUGAUAACUGUUACGCAUGGGAAAAAUACAAGAGCAAAGAAGCAUAUGAUGAAUUAAUAAAAAGUGAGAAACAGCAUAGAGUAGAACGAUUACAAGGUCACUAUAAUAAUGAUGUUUGGGAAAGAAGAGAAGGACGGCCAGAAAAUUGGAAUUGUCCAUUACCUGAUUGGUUACAAGAAAGAGCUAAAACAUCAUAUUUAACUGUUGCAAAGGAAAAACUGCAAAAUGAAUUAGAAAAAAAGAAAGAAUACAAUAUUAAAGCAACUUAUUGCAUUUUAAUGUAAGAAUUACAUUUAAAU